CAGUCAUUUAUGAAUUUUUCAAAAUAUCGAAAAUAAAAUAUGCUCAAUCUGUGGAUAUUUUCGGCGUUUUUUACUAUGCUAUUCACUAUAGUGUUGGCCGAUGAUUUCAUAGCGAUAAACUAUCCGGACGGUGUAAUAUUGGAAGCUUCUGAAGCGCCAUUACCCCUGAAACAAAUAAAGUAUGUACUAAGGGCCAUAGUUGGGGAGGAUGCAUCAGCUAAUGGUCAAUUUUCGCCAUUAAAAAUUGAUAACAUCUUCGCAAUCCCAAAUCAAGGAUUUAUAAUGACCCUCCAUCUUGAUAAAUCAGCCGACUAUUCAGCACUGGGUACUUUCGUAAAAUAUUCAAUCAAGGGUCGACGUCCAGGUGAAACUUUCCGACAUGUAAUCAAUUUCGAAAAAUUUUACGUAACGAAAACACUUGCUAAAACUUCUACGAACAUUGACAAAACAAAUUGCAUGGAGUUAAAUUUACCGAAGCUGAGCCGGUUAUGGAUGAGGUCCGAACAGUCUUAGCAUCAGAUGCUGUAGAGAAAA